AUGUGACCGUUAACAGCGGUGGAUUUAAAACGAGCUGCGUUACCUGCCUGCCUGCUGCUCUCUCUCUCUCUCUAGUCUGAGUAGUCUCCAGUCUCUCCACCCCGCAGACACAGAAAUGGAUUGAGGUACUCCGCACUUCCGCAGCCGUUCUGAGUAACUUUCUUUCAUCAACUGUCUCUGCAUCUGCAUGUAAUUAGCCCUAUACAUGAAGAAUGAUCUAGAAGGUGAAGGUUAAAUUAGCCCUAAGGAGCACCGAAGAAAGACAUGGGAUGCGCUCAAUCGAGAUUGGACAACGAUGAAUCGGUAUCCAGAUGCAAGGAGAGGAGGAAUCAGAUGAAGCAAGCCGUUUUACUGAGGAACACCUUUGCUUCCGCUCACUCCGCCUACGCCAUGGCUCUUAAGAACACAGGCGCCGCCUUGAGCGACUUCGCCCAGGGCGAAGUUCCCCCUCCGGACCAGGACGUCGCCGCCCUUAACAACACGGCUUCCCAGCCACCGCCUCCCCCUCCGCCGCUUAUCAUUGAGAGGACUCCCCUCCCUCCGCCUCCCCCGCCCUUACCCAACUUCUCCCCUCUCACGCCCUUGCAGCGGUCUAUAACUAUGCCGGAGCUUUCUAAGCGUGGGGACAAGAUGAAGAGCAUCUCCAUUGGCGAAGAUGAGGAAGACGAUGAAGGUGUUGGUGGGUUGAAGCUGAGGAAUCAUCAUCUAAACCGGGUGGUCAUACCUGAUAGAAAUGAAGAGGAGCACACUCCAGUUAAAGUUACAGAUCCACCCCCUCCUCAACCUCUUGGCUUAGCUUGGGAUUACUUUUAUAUGACCGAUAAUAUGCCCACAACAGCCCUAAAUGAAGAGGAUGAGGAUGGAGAUGGUGAUGAUAGCCCUGUCACUCCAAUAACUGAGAAUCUUGGUGGGGAUGACAGGGUAGAGGGUGAAGAAUUCAAGACACCGGAGAAAGGAUUAAUGGAGGGGACACCACCGGUGAUGGGGAGGCAGAAAAACUUUGUUCAUUCUAAGACCGCACCUCCAAGAAUUGUAGAAUUGGUUGAUAGUGAUAAAGCAGCUAGUGCAAAUAGUGCAGAUUUCUAUAAGGUUUUCACUGUGAUAGAUGAUCAUUUCCUCAAGGCUUCAGAGCUUGUUCAAGAGGUAUCAAUGAUGCUAGAGGCUGCUACGCUGCAUUACCACUCCAACUUCACAGAGAAAGCCAAUAUAGAUCAUGCUUCAAGGGUAAUGCAGAUCAUCACAUGGAACAAAUCUGUCAAUGGAGAGUCAAACAGUGAUGGUGCAAAGGAAAAUCAGGAUGGUCGUGCAUUUGAGACUCAUGCCACUGUUUUGGAUAAGUUGCUGGCUUGGGAGAAGAAACUAUAUGAGGAACUAAAGGCUGGUGAGAUUAUUAAGCAUGAAUAUCAAAGGAAAGUUGCUAUUCUAAACAAGCUGAAAAAACGCAGUGCUAGUUCUGAAUCACUGGAGAAGGUGAAAGCUGCUGUCAGCCAUUUGUAUACACGUUUUAUAGUUGAAAUGCAAUCUUUGGAUUCAACAGUCAUGGAAGUGAAUGAUAUUCGUGACAAGCAGUUGUACCCGAAGCUGGCUGAUCUUGUCCUCGGGAUGGCCAAGAUGUGGGGAUCUAUGUGUAAACACCAUGAAGAACAGAUGAGAAUAGUUAUGGACCUCACAACCAUUGACAUCUCUGCCACCCCCAUAGGAACAACCAAACAUCACCAGGAGCGCACCAUCCAACUAGGUGAUGUGAUUAAGGAGUGGCAUGACCACUUUGAAAACCUCGUGAAUAACCAAAAAAACUACAUCCAAACCAUCAGCAAGUGGUUAAAACUAAACCUUGUCCCGGUCGAAAGUGGCCUGAAGGAAAAGACAACACCAUCUCCACCCAGACCUGAAAACCCGCCCAUCCAAACGCUCCUCCAAGCCUGGAAUGAGCUUCUCGAGAAAAUCCCUGAUGAGCACUCCAAAAGUGCGAUUACCACUUUUGAAGCUGUGAUAAGGACAAUCAUUCUUCACCAGGAGGAUGAAAUGAAGUUGAAGGACAAGUGUGAAGAAACAAGAAAAGAGUACAUGCGUAAAAGUCAGUCGUUUCAAGAAUGGUGUCAGAAGCACAUGCAGCAGCAGCAUAGGGCCCCACGGGAGGAUGAGGCGGACCCUGUUUCAGAGAGGCAGUUUAUGGUGGAGAGCUUGAAGAAAAGGUUGGAUGAGGAAACGGAAGCUUAUCAGAAGCAAUGUGUCCAAGUUAGGGAGAAAUCUUUGGGAGGUCUGAAGAUUCAAUUGCCUGAACUUUUCCGGGCCGUGAGGGAUUAUUCACACAUGUGCUUCAUUGCUUAUGAAAGAUUGAGAUUGCUAGUGGAAUCACAGAACAACAAUCCAAUUCAGGAGAGUCCGUAGGAUUGUAUUCUUGCAGUAUUUUUCUAUAAAACUUGUAUGAAAUGGUUAUUCAUAUUUAUCUUUCAAAAGCUUUAGCAAGAUAAAAAUUAAUCACAGAACAACAAUCCAAUUCAGGAGAGUCCGUAGGAUUGUAUUCUUGCAGUAUUUUUCUAUAAAACUUGGUAUGAAAUGGUUAUUCAUAUUUAUCUUUCAAAAGCUUUAGCAAGAUAAAAUUAUGUUGAUAAAUU